AUGGCUGCCGCGAACCCAAAGGCUGAUCUCAUUGAUAUCGCCAUACCCCAAGUGCCCGUUACCAAGCAUCGUCAACCUUUUAUUCAAGAGCCAGGAGAUAUAAAGUUAAAACAAGCAGGUACUGCCAGAGCCAAUGAAGCCGCCUCUGUAGAAGCACCCCGUGGAUCCCAAGGUCCAUACUUUGAUUGUCACAGGCAUCAAACUGUUCUACAACAACACGUCGCCUUCUUUGAUACAGACAAUGAUGGUGUCAUUUGGCCCCUUGACACUUUUUACAAUUUUCGUCGCCUGGAUUUCAAUCUGUUCCUAAGCAUUUUUUCCAUGUUUGUGAUCCAUUUUGCCUUUUCUUAUCCGACACUUCCUGGGUACUUUCCCGAUCCUUUUUUUCGCAUUUAUGUAAAACGAAUCCAUAGGGAUAAGCACGGAAGUGACUCAGGUUCAUAUGAUGCAGAGGGCAGAUUUGAGCCUCAAAAGUUUGAAGACAUAUUUGCCAAGUAUGCUACUGGUGAUAAGCAAGGAAUUACUUUUGGCCAAAUUAUACAAUAUAUAAGAGGACAGAGAGUUGUUGCAGAUCCAUUUGGAUGGUUCGCUGCCGUGUUCGAAUGGACGGCAACCUAUAUUUUGCUCUGGCCUGCGGAUGGUAGAAUGAUGAAAGAAGAUAUCAGACGAGUUUACGAUGGAAGUAUCUUUUACGAGAUUGCCUCUCAUAGAUCCAAACCGCAUUGA